AUGGUUGCUGCAGCACAGAUAAAAGUGAAUUCGCCAUCUGUAAAGAACGACGGUACUUACUUAACAUCAAGUUUUCAAUACCGAAGAAACAAGAUUGAACAUUCGCAAGACGGCUCGCUAAGCAUCACACCACAAAUUCACGACUACGUAUUCAAAACUCUACUAAAGCCGAAAAAAACUGGACUAAUGCUGGUCGGUUUCGGCGGCAACAACGGAUCAACGUUUUACGGCGCAACAAUUGCAAAUAAGAUGAAAAUGACUUGGAGAACAAAAAGAGGAGUUCAAAACGCCAAUUAUUUCGGCUCGGUCACGCAAUCAACUACAAUCCAUGUGGGAUGGGACGGCAAAAAGCAAAUAUAUGUGCCGUUCAAUAAGAUUUUGCCAAUGGUGAAUCCUGAUGAUCUGGUUAUCGAUGGAUGGGACAUUAAUAAAGCAAAUCUCUAUGAAGCCGUUGUUCGAGCAAAGGUUUUUGAACCCGAAUUACAAGAAAAGUUGCGUCCAUAUAUGGAAAAAGUGGUACCACAACCAUCCAUUUAUUAUCCUGACUUCAUUGCAUCAAACCAGAAACUGCGAGCGAAUCACGUGCUGCCAGGGACAAACAAACAAGAACAUCUGGACCGCAUAAGAGAAAAUAUUAGGGAAUUUAAAAGGAAGAACAAUCUUGAUUGCGUUAUUGUGCUUUGGACAGCUAACACCGAAAGAUAUGUGGAUGUGCGGGAAGGGCUUAACACAACAGCAAAUGAAAUCAUUGACUCUAUCAAGAAAAGCGAAGAAGAAGUCUCUCCCUCAAACAUAUUUGCUGUUGCUGCCAUUCUAGAAGGCGCUUACUACAUAAAUGGAUCUCCGCAGAAUACUCUUGUCCCAGGAAUUAUUGAACUUGCAGAACAGCAUAAGGUUUUCGUCGGUGGUGACGAUUUUAAAUCUGGUCAGACGAAGCUGAAAUCAGCAUUAGUGGAGUUCUUGGUUAGUAGCGGCUUGAAACCAGAGAGCAUCGUUUCCUACAAUCAUUUGGGCAAUAAUGAUGGCAAAAACCUUAGUGAACAACGUCAGUUUCGAUCAAAAGAGAUUUCAAAAUCAUCAGUGGUUGACGACAUGGUUGAGUCAAAUAAUAUCCUUUACCCCGACGGUAAAAAACCGGAUCAUGUCAUCGUUAUCAAAUAUGUUCCUUUUGUUGGCGAUAGUAAACGAGCAAUGGAUGAAUACGCAUGCUCGAUCUUUAUGGGAGGUCAACAGACGUAUGCCAUCCACAACACCUGUGAAGACUCCUUACUUGCUUCGCCAAUAAUCCUAGAUUUGGCGAUCGUCACCGAACUCAUGAGCCGUAUACAAUACUCAACCAAAUCCUCCAGCGACUACAAAGGAAUGCAUUCAGUCCUUUCAAUACUGAGCUUUUUAUUGAAGGCGCCUGUAGUCCCUCCACGAACGCCAGUUGGCAAUGCUUUUAUGAAACAAAUUAAUGCGAUCACCAAGCUGUUAUGUGCAACGGUAGGAAUCACAGCUGAUAACGACUUACAGCUAGAAUUCAUUACUGAACUUCCACCAGCAGAGGUUAGAAAAGUUGUAAAUUAUAAACAGUCCCGCUAUUAA